AAAGAAAGUUCAUAGAAAUCUUACUAUGUUAAUAGUUUCUGAAACGAUUUCAAAUUAGAAAAGUAUUGCCAAUCUUCUAUAGCAUAACUCCUAAGGGGAAACGAGAGGAUGACAUUGCCUGGGUUUGUUCGAGUGUGUCAGAUAUCUCAGUAUUUUCAUUGUUUGUUUUGUUCUGACAGCUUGCGCAAGAGGCAAGCAUUAACAGACUCGUUCAGUCGCUGGUAUUUUCACAUUUUUGGGUCGUGACAUUCUACAAAUUUAUUGUAGAUCUUACUGUAGAAUAUAAAAAUAUUUUUCGAUAGUUGUCGAUAACGCACAGGACGAUUCUAAAUCGUGUUUUUCCUGCAAGCUCAACACUUCUGCUUUGUGACAACAACAACCCUUACGUUUUCAUUAUGCUAAGGAGCCUAAGGAUCGUGUGAAAUCCUAGAAUAAAAAUCUGUAUCAUGAUAGUGUGCAUUCGGAUACGUAAAUUGUCAAUGCGAUUUCAUUUAUAUUUAUCCUCUUUCAAACCUAUUUAAAUGAGUUAUCGCAUUUUCUCAGUAUUGAAUGAAUGAGCUCUGCUGCGCAUGCGCGAUGUUCUUAAGUUUAUAAACAAGGCCUGCGUGGAAGGAAUCACAUGACGUUGUUGCAAAACGGACGGGAGAGACAGUUUGUUCUUUUCAAUCUUAUUUUCGCACACAUUGAGUGUUUGGCGCUGUCAAAUCAUCCCAUUGACACAAAUGUCCAACAGCUGAAUGAAUGUCAUUUCCUCAAAAUGACGUAAUAUAGGGAUAGCAUACUGGCCCACACCCUGUCAUUCUGUGUAAAAGAAAACGAACUCAUUUGGUGUGUGUUGUGCAGUAGGACGUCCCAAAGUGUAGAACAUGGUAUGGGAACUGAAGCCCGCGCUGCGCUAUGGCAGUCCCGAGCCGGGCCUGUCAGAGUCGGGUCCAGAGCGGGACCAGACAGGGCAGGACACGAGUAGGGUCCAGGACCUGGAGCUGCUCCACUGUAACCUGCCCUCAUCACCAGGAGACCCCACCAGUGACAGCCACAUGGAAUAUGAUGAUCUCCCUGAGCUGCAGGAAGUGGUGGAGGACCAGUCCUCACCCAUUGUGUUUCAGGUGGCAGUGUGUGUGUCCCACCAGGAGCGUGACGCCCACACCCACACAGCUCCCCCGGACACACACUGGCUCACACAGCUGGCGCACAUAGCCACAGGCCCUCAGAGCCCUCUGCUGCAGGGGUCCACCUACAGCAGGUCUUCUCCAGUCCAUAUUUUUGGCACCAGUAAUAACCUACAUUCCUACGCCCGUCCCCCCCUAACCUCCAGCGGUGCUCCGUCGCCCUCUAGAGGCAACACAAGGGAACGCAGGCGCAUCCGGGCGAGCAGUGAGUGUGAGUCGGCGAUAUCGGGGCGAUCUUCCCUGUCAGAUGACGAGGACAUGGACUGGUGUCACUCCUGGCCUCCCACCGCCUGGCAUGGCUUCCUCAAAGGCACUCGCCUGCGCUUCCACAAAGGCCCCAACAUGGAGUGGCAGGAAGCUGAUGACCUGGAGUCAGACACCGACUCAGACAAUGACGGAGAGUCAGAACCCCAUCCCCUGAAGGGCUACGGCUCCGAGGGCCUCAGGCUGGUGGGUCACGAAGAGAGCGUCUUCUCCGGUCAGGUGGUCCUCAGGCUGACCUUUGACCCUGUCACAUCCCGGGAUGGUCUCCUGACCGCAGAGUGCCAACUGGACCACCCCUUCUACGUGAAAAAUAAGGGGUGGUCCUCGUUCUACCCGAGCCUGACCGUGGUGCACUAUGGGAUUCCGUGUUACGAGGUGCAGGUGGGCGACCUGUGUUUGCCUCCGGGACACAGAGAUGCAGCCCACACCGACGACUCUCUGGUGUUUGAUGCGUUCAGGAGUUACGACUUCACGCCCCUGGACUCCUCCGCUGUGUACAUGCUGAGCAGCAUGGCCAGACAGCGCCGCACCUCCCAGUCCAGCGGGGGCGCUGUCUCCCCGGGUCCAGACCCGCAGAGCUCCAGGGCCUCUCGCGCCUCCGCCAGCUCUCCCCAGCGCCGGCCAGCCAAGAUCCAGCAGGCCCAGAUCCCGCCCGCCAAUGCCACGCCCAUCAAGUGCAAACGGCCAAUGAAUGCCUUCAUGCUUUUUGCCAAGAAGUUUAGGGUCGAGUACACUCAGAUGUACCCCGGGAAGGACAACAGGGCGAUCAGCGUGAUCCUGGGGGAGCGCUGGAAGAAGAUGAAGGGCGAGGAGAGGAGGGUGUUUACCAUGGAGGCCAAGACCCUGGCCGACGAGCAGAAGAGACUGAACCCAGACUGCUGGAAACGCAAGAGGAACAACUCGGGCUCCCUGGCCAACUAGGGAGAGGAGAGACAGAGGAGAGGGAGGACCAUACACACACACACACACACACACACACACACACCAUAAACAAAUUCAUGAAAGCCUCCUGUUUUAGGUAGACGGAUGUUUCUCUACUGUGACAUUGUACAGUACAUGCUUGCUUUUCUAACCAAAUAGAAAGAAAACACAUGUAAGACAAAAAAACCACACAUCUAAUCUACUAACCGUGCUUGAACAUGAUAUAUAUAAAUAUAUAUAUAUAAACAUGAUAUAUAUUUUUUAUGACAAACUUGCCUUAAUCUUCCAAAGCGCAAAAUGUAUUAUUUUCUUCCGUCUUUUUAACGAACGUGUAUUUUUCAGGUAAUUUCAUAAACCAGGCUUGAAUACAUAAACUGUGGUGCUGUAGCUUAGCGCGAGGAUGGGCGGGAGAGAGCCAAACAGAGGUCUAUUUUUCCACAGUGACAUUUGCCAGACGUUUUAAGAGUGGGUUUCAAUGUUUUCAGGUGUGUUUUCUCUUAAGUGUGUCAGACAGGAUGCCUUAUUUGAACCUCGUGCCAGCCCGAGGGGGACCUUCAGAUGUCUGAUGAUUCUGAGGCGUCAUUGCUCUAUCCGUGUGUAGGGGUGGAGAGGGAGGGGGGAGGGAGGGAGGAUGGAGGGAGGAUGGAGGGAGGGGUAGUUUCCCACCGUCGGUGUGGUAGCUGUAAACACGUCUUUUACCCAGUCCCAAAUCCAGACCCUUCCGCCAAACCUAACGACCACGAUCAACAUUAGACAGCAGCCAUAUUGGAGAAUUGACUCGGUGAAAACAUGGAAUGGCGCUCAAUCGUAUGAUCUGAUACCUUUUAAUAUGACCUUUUAAAGAGGAAGGAGCGACAGACCGGUUUGGGACUGGCAGCUUUCACCCCGGCUCAGUCAUAUCAUUGAACUGUGUCUGUAAACAAGAGGUGGGUGCACUGCACUACAGGGGGCAAUGUGUUGUAUGCACUAUAUACACUUUAUUAUCUCGUAUGAAAGGUAUGCGUACUGAAUACAUCCAUAUUUGAAAUAAAAGCAACAGAAUCCAACAUCUUUGUUCACCUAUCAAGGUUGCAUUCAUUGAUUGAAUAGAUUUCUUUUUUUCCUUUUUUUUUGUGCUAUCUGACGUGUACAGGUCUUCCUAAAAUGAUUGCACACAAAGCUAUUGUAUCAUAGUAUAAAUAAAAAGCAUGAAUAUAAA